AUGGAGGCGAGGAAGAGCGCGCCGGGGCAGCCCUGGUCGGACGGCGAGACCAUGCACCUCAUCGACGUCUACGAGGACCGCUGGACCAGGCUGCGCCGGGGCCAGCUCAAGGCGCACCAGUGGGAGGACGUGGCCGCCGACGUCACCCGCCGCUGCGGCGGCCAGCGCAAGACCGGCACCCAGUGCCGCCACAAGCUCGAGAAGCUCCGCAAGCGCUACCGCACCGAGGCCGCCCGCCCCGUCACCUCCCUCUGGCCCUUCUUCCGCCGCAUGGAGCGCCUCGAGCGCGGCCCCGUCCCCGUCUCCACCAACUCCUUCCCCGCCUCCCCGCCCGCCUCCGACGACGACCAAGACCAAGACCAGGACCACGACCUGGACCUGGACCUGGACCAGGAGGAGGAAGAAGAAGAUGAAGAAGAGGAAGAGGAUGGCGAGGAGGACCAAGAAGAGGAGGAGGAGGAGCAAUUGCUCGUCGCCAGAAACAGGAGCAUCAACGGCCUCGUGCGCGACGCCGGCGGGUUCAGGGGCCAUCAGCAGCAGCAGCAGCGGCGGCGCCCGUCGCCGCCUGCUGUCACGCUGUCCACCGCGCCUCCACGCAAGAGGGUCUCCUAUGAGGCCGCCAUGUUCCAGUCCAAGGCCGCCGCUGCAGACAGGGUCAAGGCUGAGGAGGCUCCCGCCGUGGACCACCACUCCGUCGCAGGCGUGUUGAGGGACAUCGGCGAGGGAAUCAAGCGGCUGGAGAGGCGGAGAAUGGAGGUGCAGUGGGAGAUUGAGCGGGGGUGGAAGGAGACGGAGGCCCGCAGUAAUCAGAUGCUCCAGGACGCCCAGCGGCAGUUACAGGACACUCUCGCCACACUGCCGCCGACGGGGAAGAAGGCCAGGAGGGACCAUGGCAGCAGUGCAGACGGCUUGCAGGAGGCUAGCUAG